GUCUGAAGAUGGCUAUCAAAUGGAUGGCCCCAGAGGUGCUGUUGUACAACAAGUACAGCACCAAGGCAGAUGUCUGGUCAUUUGGCAUUGUUCUCAUGGAGAUCUUCACAUUAGGAAAGGAACCCUAUGAAGACAAAACAAGCAAAGAAGCAUUCGAGAGUAUUCAAGAUGGCUACCGCAUGGAGAAGCCUGAAGGAUGUCCACAUGAAGUCUAUGAUGUCAUGCAGAUGUGCUGGCAGAGCACUGCUCAUUCGAGGCCAUCUUUUGAUUUCCUCAACACAUUUCUGCAUGACUUUGAAAGCUGA